AUGGAUUCCGGCGAGAUCUUGGACUCCAGCGUGGACGCGGCCGUUCAUCCUAAAAACGCUCCCAAGCUCGAGAAUCGAGGAACCGCUCAACAAACUAAAAUCUUUCCGAAGACGGGUUCUCUCCUUCUCGUAACCUUCGUCGGCCAAUGUUGUUACCAACAAGACCGUCCGGGCACACUCUGCCUUGGUAACCUCCGUCACCCUCCGCCAUCUCCCAUGGAUUUCGGCGAGAUCUUGGAGCCAUCGAGCUCGCUCACCCAUGCCAAACUUCACCAUCGGCCCGACUUGCUCUCCUCCUCCGCCGCAAAGCUUAAUUAUCGUCGUCUCUCACCACAAGCCUUUACACAGUUAUCUCUCCUCUCCUCUCUUGCCGAUGUCGUGAGCCAUAUAGCUCCGGAGACUGUAAAUCCGGCAAGCACUCCACUGGCAGCUCCCACGUCAACGAACCUCUCCCCAUCGACGUGUGAUAAGUCAGUCCUAGCUCAGUCUUCGGCUUCUAUCCCUGCUCCGUCGACUGCACAAAUAUACUCCUCGCCGAGAUCUCAGUUCGUUGUCACCGGCUCAGUCAACCUCUCCCUCGCCGGUCAAGAUUUCAGUUCUGGAGUUGUUGUGGCUCCGACCUCCGCCCUUUCAGCCUUCCCGGCGAGUUUUCACUAUCCCGAUGAGCCACCUCUGUUCCGACGUGUUUCCAAUAUCCUUUCAAUUCUCCGGCUUCACGAGAAGAAGGCUGGAUGUUGGGUAAGGCCCAUUUUGAGAUUUUAUUAUCCUAGCCCAAUACAUGGGCUUAUUAUUAUUUGGCGAUGUGUGCAUACUCUCCAAUAA